AUGGCUGAUGCACAACCUCUUUCCCCGUCCGAGCUUCUCCGAAUGGUAAUCAAGCUACAACAAGCUAACCAACGGAUGGUGGAGGCAAACCAACGUAUAACGGAAGAAAAUCAGAGAUCAGAUCGUUCUAUCUCUCGGUUUCAGGAACUGGCCAAGCUAUUCGAGGAUCAUUUUGUUGGAUCUGCUAUCUAUCUGCAUGACUUGGAUUACCUGAAUACAAUCAAGCAAGGGCAGAAUGAGAACUUGAAAGACUACAUGACUCGCUUCACGAAGAUCGCGAUGAGCAUACCGGACCUCCAUCCCGAGGUCCAUCUGCAUGCCAUCAAGAGUGGACUUCGACCAGGAAAAUUCCAAGAGACCGUCGCCUUAACCAAACCGAAAAUCCUUGCCGAGUUUCGUGAAAAGGCUAAAGGACAAAUAGAUAUCGAAGAACUACGACAAGCUCAGAGGGCAAACAAACCACAAUACAGAGACGAGGAUAAAGCACAAAACAGUAAGAAAAAUUUUAAACUAACUCCUCGAUAUGAAUCCUACACGCAGUUCAACACAAAAUGGGAUGACAUCAUCAAAGAAAUCCUCAAUUCAAAAUUGAUCAAACCCCCAAGGAAGGCUGGCACCUACCAAGACGGGAAGAAUGUGGACAAAUCCAAAUAUUACACUUUCAACCAAAAGCAUGGCCACACCACUGACGAGUGUGUGAUUGCAAAAGACCUUUUAGAGCGGUUAGCUCGGCAAGGUCAUCUUGAUAAGUACAUCAGUGGCCACAUGCAGAGGUGUGUACCAGCCUCCACCGAAAACACCUCGGCAGAACAACUACAUCGCGGAAAGAAAAAGACGUCGUCAGGCCAAUAUGACCAACCUCGAGAUAUAAUCAACUGUAUCUCGGGUGGUUAUGCAAGUGGAGGAGCAUCAAACUCGGCCCAAAAAAGAUCCAUCCGAGAGAUGUAUUCGCUGGAAGGGUCUCAGAACGAGCCUAAGCCCCUUCCUCAUUUUCUGCAAAUGACUUUCACCUUCGCUGACUUCAAUCGCAACAUUCAAAAUGUGGAUGAUCCUGUGGUCAUAUCCCUUUAA